AUGACCACCUCUAGUAACCAAAAGCGUACUUUCUGGAGGAAUAAAUGUCGAAGGGCGCUUGCAGAGCAUAUAAGCAGUCGACUUGGCUUUGAGAUUCCACCUGAUAAGAUCCGCUUGCAGCCACGUGACGAAGAUCCAUACAGAUGGCAUGUUGCUGAUCACCUAAAGCCCCUCUUCAAAUCAAAUUUAAGCAGUGGCAGUGUUGGAAAUUUUCAAAAGAUCUGCCAUGCCUUGAAAGCCCCAGACCUAAUAGAAGCAAUACAUCCGGAGGCUUUGCAAAAUGACCAGGACCUUGAGACCGAGAAACAAAACUCAGUCCCCAGUAGCAGCUUCGCAGCUACGAUACAAAGGCUCGAGAAAGAAAAGCAGGACGUGCUGGCUGAUAGCCAACGACUGUGUGAAAAGCAGGAACAGAAUCUCUUAAGCGCUCGAGUCGAAUGGGAAGCAGAGCGUCGGAAGCUACAGGAGGAAAUAUCACGGUGGAAGGAUGCCGUAUCGUCCUAUGACCUCAGGGUUCAAGAGUUGAAAAGGGUAGUCUGCCCUGCCCUGGAAACACUAAACCUUCAUUUACCUGGGCUGUUCGUUGCGAUUCAUGCCGAGCAACACUUGGUGGAUUAG